UGCAAGUGCAAAGUGAGGCUGUGAAGAUCCGGCAGGACUAUGGGUUCCUUACUAUGCUCAGUUACUUUUUCUCCUCCUUUAGAUCUGUAUAUACGUUUUUUUGGAUAUGGCUUAGUGUAAUCUGUGUUAGCCACACCAGGCUCCAGGGAGCAGCAAGAAUCGGUUGCCUAGCAGAGGUUGCUCUCGAAAGGCUGAACAGAAUUGUACUGGAAACCUUAGGGAGGCUCUCAUCCCUCCCUGGUUGUUUUAGACAGGGAUUUGCCUAUUGGAGGUGGUGCUUGGUGCAGGUAUUGCGUGCAUGUGUGUACACAGUUCAUGCAUCACAGGUAUUUGACAGUGUGUGUGAGAGAGGAACAUUCUUGUUGAAUAAACAGGUGCAGACAGUGCCUGGAGGGCAGCACUGAUUGUCUGGCCGCAGCAACAGCAGCGAGAGGAGGUGAACAUGAGUAGCCCCACCACGAAGCCGACCUGCCUGUCACAGCCAAUGGUGAAGAGUGUGCUGGUGUAUCGCAACGGGGAUCCGUUCUUUCCGGGGCACCGGGUAGUCGUCCAUGAGAAGAAGGUGUCCAACUUCGAGGUCUUCCUGAAAGAGGUGACCGGUGGGGUGAAGGCGCCUUUUGGGGCUGUGCGUAGCAUCUACACCCCCCGGGGCGGGCAUCGCGUCCGUCAGCUGGAGGAGCUCCAGAGUGGAGAGCACUACGUGGCUGGUGGCAGGGAGGCCUUCAAGAAACUCAACUAUUUGGACAUAGGAGAGGCAAAGAAAAAGCCUGCAGAAGUCAAUAAUGAGGUGAAGCCAGUUACCCACAGUAGAAUCAAUGUGUCAGCACGGUUUCGAAAACCACUUCAAGAGCCAUGCACUAUUUUUCUGAUUGCUAAUGGAGACCUUAUAAAUCCAGCAGUGCGCCUCUUCAUCCCUAGAAAAACACUAAAUCAGUGGGAUCAUGUUCUUGAAAUGGUGACAGAAAAAGUAACCCUCCGAAGUGGAGCUGUGCACAGGCUUUAUACUUUAGAUGGAAAACUUGUUCAGAGUGGGUCAGAUCUGGAGAAUGGGCAGUUCUAUGUCGCAGUGGGCAGAGACAAGUUUAAGAAGUUGCCUUAUGGUGAUCUACUGUUUAGCAAGUCUACAAUAAGAAGACCUCAGGGUUCCAAAGCCUCUUCACUGCCUCCUGUUGUGGGAUCCCGAAAAUCGAAAGGGAGUGGAAAUGAUCGCCAAUCUAAAUCUACUGUUGGCUCCCGUGACACAGGAGACAUGGUGUCAUCUCCUCAGCCUCCAAAGAGAAAGGAAAAGAGAGAACAGACUCAAGAGAAGACCAGUUUUUCUAACAAACCCACGAAAGUGAAGCAAAAUAUAAGAGUAACAACUUAUAUCCUUCAAGAUAACGAUGAAGGUAUUUACAAAGCUGGUGAAAAACGGUCUGAAACGUGGGGGGCAACGGAAAUCCAGGAAGAUGAAGACACUCAAGUAGAGGUUCCAGUAGAUCAGAGGCCAGCAGAAACAGUAGAUGAGGAAGAAAAUGAAGAAGAGGGAGAUGAGGGAGAAAUGAACGGAGAUCAGGGAGAGGAAAUGGGGGAGGCCGUUAAUGGAAAUGUUCUCCAGAAUGAGAUAGAAGAAAAUGAAGAGAAAAUAAAUGAGAAUUAUGAAGAGCAAGAGGAAGAGAAUUUUGGACAGCUGGAGGAAGAGGGGCCUUUCCACUUAAAUGGUGAAACUAAUGAAGAAAAUGGUGAGGAAAUGGAGCAGUUUAAUGACCACAAUGAUCUUCAUCCUGAAGAAGAAACAAAAGCACCAGAGGACUUUGACAAUCAAAGCCAGAUUGACUCUCAUCUGGAAAAAACAUCAAAUCCAAGAGUAACUAUCACCAGCCCACAAGAAAGUGAAAAAAAUGACCAAACCAAUGAGUAUGCUGCUGUAGCAUAGACUUUUUAAAAAGUAGAUUAGCAGAAAAUGAAGGAUUGUAAUAUUUGUCAUUUAAAGCAUGUUGUUAUCUGUGAUUGAUAAUUUAUAAUGUGAAGAUACAGUUGAGUACCACCUAUUGAGUCUUGAAAUGAUAAUGCCAUAUGGAUUGACAGAGAUAAUGAAUAUCCUAUUAAAAGGAAGACUGAAUUAUUUUCACAAUAUGUGACUUACUGAUGAGAUUUUAGGGGGGAAAUUUAGGGGGUUUUGUUUAGAAAUACUAUAAAUAAGUGAGCUAUUCCUUCUUUGUUCUCAGAUGAUAGUACUAGAAUCAACCCCAUUUGUUAGUCUUCCAAUGUGCUCCAAAAAAGCAUUUGUUAGACAUCAGAGUUUUUCAGCAAUUUUGUUUAGAAAAGAAUAUUUUUGUGACUUCUAAUGGAAAAAUGUAUAAUGUUUUUCUUAGAAUAAUAAACAGCUAGAAAUAUGA